ACACCUGACUUUCAAUGGAAUGAGCGGCCAUUUUGUGACUUCAGUUAGCUGGUGUUAGCAUUUGGGUGUUUUUCGAAUUUGCUAUAAGAAAACAUUGAGAAGUUCCUAAAUAAAAUAAAAAUAUUUCUUUAUAAUGAAACGAGACCCAGACAGUAAUGACAAAUUGGAACCAGAACAAUUUCGUAAACUUUUUAUUGGUGGUCUUGACUUCCGAACAUCAGACGAGUCACUGAAAUCUCAUUUUGAAGAAUGGGGUGAAAUUGUUGAUGUUGUUGUAAUGAAAGAUCCCACUACCAAAAGAAGUCGGGGUUUUGGUUUUAUCACCUAUUCUAAAGCUCAUAUGGUUGAUGACGCCCAAGCUGCUAGACCUCACAGAGUUGAUGGCCGAGUAGUUGAGCCCAAAAGGGCAGUCCCAAGACAAGACAUUGGUAGACCUGAAGCAGGUGCCACUGUGAAGAAACUAUUUGUAGGAGGUUUGAAAGAAGAAAUUGAGGAAGAUGACCUAAAAGACCAUUUCAAGCAAUAUGGGACCAUUCUAUCUUGUACAAUUGUGACUGAUAAAGAGACUGGCAAAAAAAGAGGUUUUGCUUUUAUAGAGUUUGAAGACUAUGACUCUGUAGACAAAAUUGUUUUGCAGAGAAGUCAUAGCAUAAAAGGAAAACAUGUCGAUGUCAAGAAGGCAUUGAGCAAACAAGAUAUGGAAAGAGCUGGUUCCAGUGGUCCCCGUGGGCCCCCAGGUGGUAGAGGGGGUCCAAGAGGUUCAGGACCAAAUCAAGGCUUUGGAGGAGGUAGUUGGGGGCAGCGUGGAGGGCCUCAAGGUGGUGGAGAUUGGGGAAUGGGCAACCAAGGCAAUUUUAACCAAGGGCCAUGGGGAUCACAACAAGGACCUUGGGAGCAACAAGGUGUCUGGAAUAAUCCCCAGGGGGGAUAUAAUGCAAGCAACUGGGGCGGUCCCACUGGUGGAGGUCCACCACAGGGAAAUUUUGGAAAUAACUAUCAACAGGGGUAUGGAGGUGGAGCUGUAAGAAAUAACUAUCAACAGCAGAGACCAUCACCAUACAAUUCUGGAGGCUAUGGUGGGGGCGGCUAUAAUAAUCAAGGUUCCAACAUGGGAGGUGGAAUGAGGCGAUUCUAAUUUGGUGGAACAUGUAAGUGUAGCAACUAGGGAGUUUUACAGCAAGAAGGUUUUAAUUCAUUGUGAGAAUUUUUAUCAACAAAUUAUAUAUAACAAUUGGACAGAACUGAAAAUUUAGAACAUUAAUAAUAUUUUAUAAACAUUUAACUUAAGAAUUGUGUGCUUUUUCCCGAAAGGCUUUUUUGUAGUCUUUAAAUAUACCAUUAUUCCUGGGUUUUCAUAGACAUCAUACACACAUUUAAGUUGUAUAUUUGAGAAAUUAAUUCAUCGAGUAACACAUUUUUAAGUUAUUGUUUCACUUUGAACUAGGUAUGUGAAAAUCUGUGGAUAAGAAAGAAACUGCUAUUAAUUUUGAAAUAAAAAUUUUGACACUUGUGUGAGUACUAUGCAGUAAAUAAUAUGUACCUAUUUAUUAACUUGGCAAAUUACUAAUUCAAAAUUUUGUGUAGGACAGUGUGCAUUAGUUUAGGUAAAGUUUUUUCCAGUGUUGGCAAAUCGCUGCCAAUCUGAAUUUUUUUUUUAUUUUAUGAGAAAUUGGUAUUUACAUAUAAGGGAGUAUUUUAGGCUAGGAUUAGGCUAAUGCUAAUGUAAUAUAAUUUUGUAAUAACACUUGAAUCUAUUAAACUUCAAAUCAAA